AUGUCCGAUAAGACCGACCUAGAGAAACCCGUGGAGAAGCUCCAAGAUGACCCUGAUCAAGCGCUCGGGGAGCUGGGCUAUCCCUCGGAACUCCGUCGAAACCGCUCGCUUUCCACUAUUCUUUUCCAAUCACUGUCGAUUGCUGGAAUCCCCUUCGCUGAGAGCGGUGCACUCAUGCAAGCCAUCUAUGGCGGUGGCCAGCUCUCAAUCUUUGUCGGCUGGAUUGUGGUCUGCCUCAUGGAUCAGUGCGUGGCCAUGUCGCUCGCCGAGUUAGCCUCUCGAUAUCCCACCUCUGCCGGUCCUUAUUACUGGUCCUUCCAGUUAUCCGGAAAACAUGCCAAGCUCCUGUCAUUCAUGACAGCCUGGGUGUGGCUGAUCGGGAAUUGGACCAUCACUCUGGGGGUCAACUUCGCAUUCGCGCAGCUCCUAGUUGCCACGGUGUCAAUCUAUUCCAGCUGGGAAGCCACGGAUUGGCAGCUUCUUCUGGUCCUCUACGCCAUCUGCAUCCUGGCCUUCGUGAUAUGUGGGUUCGGUAACCGUUUUCUCCCACUUGUAGACACCCUUUGUGCGGGUUGGACUCUGGUUAGUAUCCUUGUAGUUCUAGUAGCAGUCUCAGUUUCCGCCAAAGCUGGCAGGCACGCUCCCUCCGAUGCGCUUGCGCAGUAUGAUACCUCCCUGUCGGGCUGGGGCAACUUUUCAUUCUGUAUCGGUUUGCUACCCCCGGCCUUUGUGUUCUCUGCGAUAGGGAUGGUUUCUUCUAUGGCGGAGGAAGUACACGCACCAGCGAUCAAGGUGCCCAAGGCCAUGGCCCUCUGCAUCCCGGUCGGUGGCACCGCCGGCCUGUUCUUUGUGAUCCCUCUCUGUGUCACUCUCCCCGGACUGGUCGACAUCACCAACGCGCCAAGCGGCCAACCGAUUCCCUAUGUGUUUCAGGUGGUAAUGGGGACGCGGGCGGGUGCAGUCGGUCUCGUCUCUCUUCUUCUUGUGGUCGGCUUCUUCUGUUCCAUCAGCAUCACCAACGCGGCCUCUCGUUGUACUUGGGCUCUCGCACGAGAUACAGCCCUCCCCCUGUCGAGGCUUUUCUCUCGUGUUGAUGAUCGCGUCCGCAUUCCACUGUGGGCACUGGGUUUAGUGACUGUGGUGCAGAUGCUCUUGGGAUUGAUCAACCUGGGCAGUAGUAGUGCCUUUACUGCGUUUGUCUCGGUGGGUGUGAUUGCUCUAGCAAUCACCUAUUCGAUUCCAAUCAGCAUCUCCCUAUUUUACAACAAGCGCGCUGAAGUAUCCAAAGCAAGAUGGAACUGUGGCCGAGCGGUUGGCACGACGGUGAACUUCAUCGCUCUGGCGUGGAUUGGCUUUGAGCUCGUCCUAUUCAGUAUGCCUUCCACCUUGCCGGUCACACCCGUGUCCAUGAAUUAUGCAUCGGUGGUCUUCGUGGGGUUCACAACUCUGGCUUUGAUAUGGUACAUAGUUCAUGCGAGGAAAGAUACGGAACCCAACUCCCCACCGGAUACCUUGAAAGCAGGGUUGGAAAAUCCGCCCGCCAGGCUAGCCAAGUCGUACUCGAUCGAUGCCCCUGGCGCCACAAACACAUGCGGGUCGGCCAGAAAGUUGAUAUAG